AUGACAACCGCCAUCCCAUCAAUCGCCUGCCUCGGCCUCAUCGGCCGCAACAACAACCCCCUCCACAUGUCCAUCUUCCCGUCCCACGACGCCGCCUCCAACUCCUUCUCGCCGCUCCGCACCCCCCUCCAGUUCUCGCUGCUGCUCUCGUCGACCAUUGACGUCUUCGACCUGCGCGCCAAGGCCAACGCCGCCGCCGGGGUCGGCCUCUCCGGCGACACGGGCCUCCUGCACGCCGUGGACGACCGCCUCGCCGCGUACGGGUACGAGACCAACACGGGCGUGCGGAUGGUGUGCGUCGUCGACAUGCGCGGCGGGCGGGUCGACGCCCGCGCCGCCGGCCUGGGCGCCGGCCUGCGGGACGUCGAGCUCAAGCCCGUCUUCCGGGCCAUGCAGUCGGCCUACGUGCGGCUGCUGCAGAACCCCUUCUACGAGCCGGACGAGCAUGCGCCGCUGGGGGGCGCGGGGGGCAAGCCCAUCAGGAGCAGGAGGUUUGACGGGGACAUGAGGCGCAUCGGGGAGGCGUGGACGCCUGGCGUGACGAGUCUGUAG